AUGGGACACUGUUAUGAGAAGGCAAGCAAUUAUCCAGAUGCCAAUGAGUUUGCUGCUUUGCUCGAGACCCAUGAUCUGGUCCUCUUGAAUGGAUGGAUUCGUUUGAAGCUACAGCACACCUUCACAGGGGCCAAACAUCAAUCCAUUAUUGAUUUUGUCAUCACUCGCAGGCAUCAUGCGGAUGGGCCUGCCAGAAAGGCUCGCACGAUUCCACGUAUCAAUUUCAGUCCAUGGCGCAUGGGUGGCAGGCACUUGGCAGUUGGAGCCACUCUACCUCUUCACCCAGGCUGGACGAGCUCUUCUCAAAGACACCCUCCGGUGCAAGCUAAGUAUGAUAAGAUCCAGUUAGAUCAUGAGGCCAGACAUGGAGGAGAUCGAAUUGCUGCUCUACGCGAGGCAAUGCAGGCAUACUUCCAAAGCCACGCCUCAGCCACUUUGGAGCAAGUCAAUGAUCAUAUGCUCUCACAGGUUUCAAGACUGUUUCCUCGGCGCUCGACGGCACCAGUGCAGCGAGCUUGGAACAAUCCACAAGUGCGAGGAUCGGUGACAGCAAUGUGGCAGGCCAGGGCACGUCUUCGCAACAUCUGGAGCAUCACUUACACACGAUUGCGAUACAGCAUGGAGGCCUUCAAACGACAUCGAGCCUUCAUGCAGGCCUAUCGUCUUCUGAAGCAAAACGGUCGCCAGGCAAGGCGAGCUCUACUCACGAAUGAGCUAGCAGCAGCGGCGGAGGCAGCACAGCGCAAUGACUCUGGUCAGCUGCACAGGAUCAUUAGACGCCUGGCCCCAAAGAGUAAACGCGUGCAGGUUCGCAUCCAUGGUCCCAAUGGAGAAAUGCUAAGAGACGCAGCUGAACACGAGGCCAUUGUGGAAUACUUUGAGGAUCUGUUUCAGUCUCAGCAGGCCUCGAUGCACAUCAGCCCUGGUACAGAUACAGCUCCUCAGGUCACUGAGAAAGAUGUCUAUGACUCGCUUUGCCUCACCAAGUACGGGAAGGCAGUUCCACCACAGGCAGCACCGUCCAGUGCAAUCAAAUGCUGUGCGGAUAUUCUGGCUCAGGCUCGUCUGCCGGCAGAUUGGGUGCAGAAUCAUUUAACGCUCUACGCGGACGACUCCCACGCCAGCUUUGAAAUCAGUAGCACGGAUGACAUCAUUCGCUCAAUGCACAUUAUCAAAUGCGUCUUUGAAGUGUAUCGGGAGCACGGGAUGUGUGUCAACCCCCUGAAGUCGGGCGUGGUGCUUGGGGUCCGUGGAUUGAAAGCAACUGAGCUGCUGAACAAACACCUCCAAGGCACGGGGGAUAGGCAAUGUUUGGUCAUCGGCCUUGGUAAGGGUGAACUUCGAAUCCCGGUCAAAACCAGCAUGACUUACUUGGGCAUAU